AGCAGAGAGAUUGGUCCAGCCCUUUCAUCUUCCUUAUGGAUAUUUCACCGUUCCUAACCGAGCUGUUCCUCCUGCUCUCCGUGCGCUCCUGGCUGGCGCACGGCAUCACCGCCCCGCCGACCUACGAACACACCGACCCGCUCACCGGCAGGACGGUGCAGUGUGACCGCUGCCCGCCGGGAACCUUCCUGCGCGCCAGCUGCUCCUCCGUUACGAAGAGCGACUGCGCUCCGUGUCCGAAGGGCUCCUUCACGGAGCUCUGGAACUACAUCGGGCAGUGUUUGCGCUGCGGAAUCUGCGGACGGAACCAGGUGGUGAAGAAGGAAUGCAGCGCAGACAGCGACCGUCAGUGCGAGUGCAAACAGGGUUACUUCUACCGUCAGGACUACGACAUGUGCGUCCAACACAGCGAGUGUCCAUCCGGGUACGGAGUGCUCACCAGAGGUACAGCGGAGACCGACACAGUGUGCCGCAUCUGCUCUGACGGCACCUUCUCUGACAUUUCCUCCGCCGAUCACAACUGCACGCAGCACCAGAGCUGCGGCAAUGCAGGGAUGAAGUUAGUUUUAAAGGGCACCAUCUGGCACGACAACGUCUGCGCAAAGGUCAAGGAUGGAGCCGCAUACCUCCGGGAAAUCAUCCCUGCCUUUUUCAUACAUCAUAAAAUAAAAAUCAAACGGCUGCGUCGCAUCGUGCACAAGCUUCUACCUGAUGAUGUCAGGAAGCAGGAAGGAACUUCGGAGCUCAGCUUCUCAGAACUUCACUCGCGCAUCAGCAGCUGGGUUUCAUCUGCCACUCCGAUGCAGAUCCGACAGCUUCCAGCCAUUCUGAUUAAAAUGAGGGCCUCCCACGCUGGGGAGAAACUGCAGAAUAUUCUGAAUGCAAUUGACAAAAAUCUAUCAAAGGAGUGUCAUAACGGAUGCUAGAAGGAGGUAGCUUUGCACCAAGGUGAUUUAAAAGAUGUUGAGUUCAUAUAAAAAAUAAGCUGGGCAUUAGCUUUUAAAUGUUGGAAAGUAUCAGGCUGCAUUAAUCUACCUCCACUAUUUAUUUCUGCUUGAGGCAGAUUUAUCACCUGUCACUUUUACUUAAAGUAUUUCAAAAGUAUUACUGUGGUGCCUCUGUGCUCAAGCUAACCGAGUGAAGGGAAAUAUUAAUUUAUUUCUAUAUUUAUUUAAAGAAAGUUUAGAUUCAAGCAAGAGCUUUUUUAUUUUAUGCAUAAAGAAUUGGUGAUUUGUUGUGCUUUUUAUUCGGAAUCUUCCUGCAUAUAUAGUUCAAAAUAAAGCAAAACAUGUACAAUCA